AGAAGACAGCAGGGGAAAAAAGAGAAAAAGAAAAGGCAGCAAGGGAAGAAGAUUUGGGGAGGCGCCCAAGGGUUUUUGGUUGGGCACUACUACUACUACUACUAACUCAGAGUUACAACGACAAACACCUUGUGCCUAUCUCCUUUAAUCGGACUCUGAGUGCUUCAGAACCACCGGCAAUGGCGACCGGAGCUGUGGAAAAGUCCGAGGAAGAACUCCGCAAAGAGAUCGACGAACUUCAUCGCCAACAGCGCGAGAUUAAUGAGCGGCUUCGCGAUCCCAGGGGUCUGCGCCGCGGUGGUUUAUCAGGGCCUGGUCCUCGUAAUCUAGCUGUUAACGGAGGACGGCAGCGUGGCUUUGUUAGACCUGCGGAUAGGACUGAUUCUGAAGAUCAACCGGCUCCUAAAAGGCGGCUUUCUUCCGCUGUUUUUAAGGUAGAAGAUGGGGAGAUUGUUGAGGAUGCUUCGGAGCAGGUGAAAAUAGCGGAAAACAAGAAUGGUGAUGUUGAGGAAGAAGGUAGAAAUAUGACUCCCACCUCAAGUGAUAGAAAGCCAUCUAAUUGGUCCCUCAGGGAUAAUAAUCAAAAGUCGUCUAGGACGGACCUGGAAGUUCCUCCAGCAGAGCAUGUUCCCAGAGUACUGCCCAAAAAUGAGGAUCCAGGUUUGGUGAACAGGAACAAGAGGAUGCUGGGCCAGCUUUUAGGUACCCUGGAGCGGUUCAGAAAAGAAGACAUGCAACUUUCUGGAUCUCAAGCGUACAUGCGCCGGUCAGAUUCCCUGAAAAGGGCUGAGCAAAGGGCACGUGAAGAAAGCGAAAAGCUUAGACAACAAGAGCGAGAACAGAUUGCGGAAAAGCGGAAAACAGAUUUGACUCUUAGAGCACGUGUUGCAGCCAAGGCGGAAGAAAAGAAACUGGAUCUGCUGUUUCUUCGAUGGACUGAGCAUCAGAAAAAACUUGGCAACUUUAUAAGGACAAAGGCAGAGCCUCACAUAUAUUAUACUUUCUCCAAACCCCUUGACGAGGAUUUGAAGGUUCUUGAGCAGCAGAAAGAGCAGAUAUUCGAGGAAUGGAGGACUGCUAGGAGGGAGGAACUGUCUCAAUAUCAGAAGCAGAUCACUGAGCAAUAUGUUGCAAAUGUUGAUAAGGAACUAGAGAGGUGGCAAAAUGGAAGGAAAGGUAGAAAAGCAAACACAGAUAUGGCAAACUUGCAGGAGACAAUGGACAAAGAGCUGGAGACUCAUAGGCUGGAGCAUGGUCCGAAGACCAGGAUGAUUCCUGGAGGUAGCAACAAUGAGGAUGAAGAGGAUGUGGAAGAUAUUAACGUUGGAGAAGACGAUAUUAUGAUGGAUGACGUGCUGGAUGCUGAUGAUAACAGCAGGAGAGUCGACGAAACAACAAAAACUGAAACUGGUGAUGGGAGUCCACAACCUGAGAAUGAGAUGAAGGACCACUAGGCCUUGAUACCUGGCCGACAUCCUCUAUAGGUUUUUAGUUUGUAAUUUCUGUUCAUUUAUUGUUAUUUUGUGGGCUUUUGCUUAUUAGGCUGUAGUAUUAGUUGUGUUGUUUUUAAUAAACUUAUAGUGUGGCUUGCUUCCUUUUAGGCUGUCCCUGUAGUUUUCUUCUGCAUUGUAUUUGUACCAAUAUUUUUGUAUUUUAUGGUCUCGAGAGGUAUGCUCUGAAAUCAUCAGCUCCCAAAAGAGGUGGUAUGCUCCUUUGUUUACCCUCUUAGAAGGGGAUAUUCAACCAAAACAAAAAUAGAAGCGAAUUCGAAAACGACUAAUCAGUAGGGAUUCAAGCCUUUUUAAUCAUG